GUAUUCAUAAUGAAUGAGCUUCUACGGUGACCUGAAGAAGCACAGGUCAUUGAUACAACUUACAAGUAAAUUGAAACAAUAUUUUUCAAAUGUAGUAUUUCAACAUGUAAAUCAUCAAUAAUAUUGUGAUUUAAUUCUACUUGAAUUAAUUUGUUACAUGGAUUAUGCUUCAUAGUCAGCUGGGAAAUUUAAUUCUGCAAAUCAUUUUAUUUCCAAGACCUAAGGAAAUAGUAGGAGUGUAUCCCCCGCGCAGUGUCAUAUGAUCAUGUCACCUGACACAAUGUCUCGUGAGUUGCAGUACAUUUGCAGCUACAGGUAUUAAUUUUAAGCCACUGUGCGUGAAUCUCAUGCUCAGCCAAAAUCUCUUCACUUGCCGUACUCCUAUUUCCACUUGAAUUUCCAAAGGAAAAAUACGGGAUUCAGUCGAGUCAUGAGGGAUUUUGCUGUAAUCUUGCUCCUGGCGACUACAGUGCCUGUUUUUGUCGUCGGCGAUACGCCAGCAAAUUGUACCUACGAAGACGUCGCCGGGGAAUGGGUUUUCGAAGUCAGCGGCUAUGGCGGUGACAACAAAAUUGAUUGCGCAAAGCCAGGUCCUGUUACAUAUAAGUUGCAUGUGCAGUUGCUUUUCCCUGAUGUGGCAGUGGAUCUAGAAUUUGGCACCAAAGGAUUCUGGACCCUAAUCUACAACCAGGGUUUUGAAGUUGUGCUCAACAAUAGGAAGUACUUUGCUUUCUCAGAAUACACUCAGAAUGGAAGUCAGGUCACCAUGAACUGCUCUCAGACCUUACCUGGUUGGUCACAUAAUACCAUGGGAACUGACUGGGCCUGCUAUGUAGGCAGGAAAAUGGGUCCAUCAAAGGUAUAUCAACACACUGUCAGUAAACAAAGGCAUCAGUACUUCAGCCAGAAGAUGUACCAGAAUGAUAAGAAGAUGGUGGAAAAGAUCAACAGAGUUCAGAAAUCCUGGAAGGCAACAGUCUAUCCCGAGCAUGAGAGGUAUACAGUGGAAGACAUGCAGAGGAGAGCAGGUGCCAUGAAUGGCCUAGGAACUUUCAGACCUCACCCUUCACCUGUCACAUCUAAAACAUCCAUGGCAGCAUUCUCACUGCCAGAGUCAUUUGACUGGAGAGAUGUAGAUGGGCAGAACUUUGUAUCACCAGUUAGAAACCAGGCUCAGUGUGGAAGUUGCUUUUCCUUUGCUGCGUUGGCAAUGUUGGAAGCUAGACUGCGUAUAGCAACCAACAACACGGUUCAGAAGGUGUUUGCUCCUCAGGAUGUGGUGGCCUGCAGUGAAUAUUCACAGGGAUGUAAUGGAGGAUUUCCAUAUUUGAUAGCUGGUAAAUAUGCUGAGGAUUUUGGUGUGGUAGAGGAAUCCUGUUACCCAUACCAAGGAGUGGAUACAGAAUGCAGCAAGGAAAAGGCAGACUGUCGUCGAUACUACGCCACUGACUACCAAUACAUCGGAGGAUUCUAUGGGGCCUGCAAUGAAGAGCUCAUGCGCCUCGCCCUGGUCAAGAAUGGUCCGAUCGCAGUUGGGUUUGAGGUCUACGGUGAUUUCAUGAGCUACAAAGGGGGUGUCUAUCACCACACGGGGAUCAAGAAUUCUCUGCUGGGAUUCAACCCCUUUGAGCUGACCGACCACGCCGUGCUGGUGGUUGGGUAUGGAGUGGAUGAGGCUUCUGGGUUGAGCUUCUGGACUGUAAAGAACAGCUGGGGUACAGGAUGGGGCGAAGAUGGUUACUUUAGGAUCCAAAGGGGUACUGAUGAGUGUGCUAUUGAGAGCAUGGCCAUGCAGUCAUUUCCUGUCUUUCCAUAGCUUCCUUUUUCCAUUUUGAAUUUAACUUUUAGGUAUACAAAAAAUUACUUUUCUACAUAUCGGCAAUAUUGAAAGUUAUUGUGUUAAAAAUCUUUCUCUUAUUUUGUCAUAGUUUUCACUAUAUCUGUAUCCUUGUCUCUCCUUUCUAGUCAUCAGUGAGGUAAAAGUUAACUUGUCUAAAGGCAUUUCAUGUCAAUCUUGUCUUUCCAUGAACAUAUUUUUUUAUAUGAUAUCAUUGAUAUUGUGUGUGAGUGAAAUGAAACAAUGCUAUUUAUUCAUGAUAAAUAGUAUUUUCAGUAGUAUGAUCUCUUUCUCUCUCUCUCUCUCUUUCUAUCUCUCAUCUCAAGCCCCCACCUUUGCUCCCAUGUCAUCAAACUGACCUGCAUACAACUUUUUCUCAGCCAUCUCUAGACCAUUUCUAGUCGAUGAAAUUGAUUUAAUGUUUUGUGUUAUAACUAAAUAUGACUUUUAAGGAAGUUCCCAGGAUUUUUGCACAUCGAUCCUGAUCUGCACAUGUUUGACGCUAUGCACAUUGACAUCACGAGGACUUAACAUGUGAUUGAUCAGCUUAAAAAGUGAUAUGUAUGUGAUCUGUAUUCUUACUGCCAAUCUGUAAUGAUUGACAUAAGAAAUAGAUUAGCAUGAGUGAGUGUAUGGGCCACUUUUUGCAUAUUUUGCUGAUGUAAAGAUACCAAAGCAACUCUGAAUAGUUUGGUAAAGAUAACAUGGAUUUCAUUUUAACUGCGGAAAAUCUUAAGUAUGUCCGAAAGCCUUGAAGUGAAAAUCCUUCAAUUCUAUUGAAAGGACAAUGCUUCCAAACACCUGUGCCAAAAAUCUAACAUGAUGAUUAUGUUUAAGAAUAUUAUAUCCACCAAAUAUAAUGUAUGUAAGAAUCACACUCUAUGCCCACAAAUAUUUACUCCUUUCCUUGUCAAAUACUUUUUCACCACCAAGUGAUAACAUGUGUAGUUUAUUGCUGAUUUAUUGUUGAGGAAAAUAAUUGUUAGUGAUCAACAGAUGAUAAUGUGGUUUUCUCAAUCAAAUUCCUCUGUGAUGAAUAUGUUAAUUCAUAUAAUUAUUGGAUAAAAGAAGAAAUUUGACUCAUGAUCUCUCUCUUGCCUAUCCAAAUAUUCAUGCUGUGAUGUGUUUGUUUGAAUUAUACUCCUAUAAUAUUGCUGCAAUUUCCUAUUUUUCUCAGAUUAAGAAAUCAUCAUUCUCUUUAUAGAAACUUCUCAAACAUGAAUACUCUCAUAAGUUUGUAUAAUUUGUUGGUUUAAAAAUCAGUUUGCAAGGAAGCAUAACUCUGAGGUUGCUCUUGUAUCUACAUUUGAUAUUUAUGUUUGUGUUUGUGUAGUGUUUAUGCCAAAGACCAUUUUAUCAUGCCAAAUACCAUUUUAUCAAAUAUUGAAAACAAUAUGCUUACAAUGAAGCCUGCACUUUCUGAACGAACAAAACAUUGGAAUUGUAAAACACAGUGUAAACCCUGGCAAGCCCCUCCAAUCCUUUCAUCAAAAUACUAUGGUUCAACUGCAUCUUAUUACUGUUUUUGUCAGUCUCACUAAACCUGUUGACUACUUCAUUCUUUAAUUCCCAUUGACUUCUAGUAUAGAGAUCACCAUCCAUCCAUGCAGUUUCAACAUGUUAACUUGUCCACUUAUCUUUAGCCCAAUUUAAGUGAUUGAUGUAAUAUUUUUCUCGUUUGUCAGCAUAUGUACUUUCAGAUCAUAUCCAUCUUGCCAAUGUAGUUUUUACCGCUCCCCUGUCCCUGCUCAGAGAGUUCCAGUGCUACUGUCCCUAUAUACUUCCUUAGUCUGAAAUCUUACUUUGAGGCUUUCAAAUCAAAAGUAGCAGAAUCAGAUAUUUGUCUCUCACCUCUUCUUUGUUUGUAUUUCAUCACAAUUGAUUGGAUUAGGUGUAUCACAUUAUUUAUGUAACAGUACUUAACUACCGGCACUUUUUACCUGUAAUCAAUGAAUAUGAAAAUGAAACUAUUGAUGUGAAUUGGUAAUUUUGUUACAUAAUUGCUGCAUUUAUGUUGGAUUAAAGUUAUUGGAAUGGCAGUAACUUUAAAUUACCUUAUAAUUUCAUAGAUUGUGAAUGGUUGUGUGAAAGUAUAAUUAUUGUAGUAAAGUGGUUGUCUGUCCUAUAUCUCUAUUCAUUUUUAUGAUUUAAAAUCAUAUUUCAUAUGUGCCCAAAUUCUAAUGUUAUGAAAUGAUUGAUGAUAAUUAAAAGAAAGUAUUUGAUAUUUAGGUUCUAA